AUCAUAUACGUAGAACCAUAGAGCGCCGUCACAUAAGAUAAUUCCCAAAACCUUUUAUUAAAACUAACUCCUCCUAGGGUUUCGUGCAUUCAAUUACUCAUUUCCAUUUUCACGUUCCUUUUCUCAGCUUCCUCCAUUUUCCUCUGCAAUUUCAUCACUAGUUUCAAUGGACUACAGCUCUGAAGAAGAGUCAGAGAUCAGUGAGUCUGAGAUCGAGGAAUACUCUGAGAAACCAUAUGAAGAGUUAAGGGCCGGUAAAUACAAAGUCAAGAACAACAAUGGGACUCUUAGGUGCCCGUAUUGCUCUGGAAAGAAAAAGCAAGAAUUCAAGUAUAAGGAUCUGUUGCAACAUGCAUCUGGAGUAGGCAAAGGUUCGGCAAACAGAAGCACAAAGCAAAAAGCAAACCACCUGGCUCUGGCAAAGUUUUUGAGGACUGACUUAGCAAAUGAAGCAGACCAAGUACCUCGCCCGGCUUUGACUGUAGCUGUUGUCCAACCUGUCCAAGUUGAGAACUACGUUUGGCCGUGGACAGGCAUACUUGUCAACAUAAGCAAAUCACAUGAUUCUGGAUACUUGCAAAAGGAAUUUGCUAAGUACAAACCGUUGGCUGUUCAUACGUUCUUGAUGGAUGGUAACUCCGUGGCUGUUAUAGACUUCAACAAUGACUGGAAUGGGUUUAUGAAUGCAAGUGAGCUUGAGAAAUGCUUUGAGACUAAACGUCGUGGAAAAAAGGAUUGGAAUUCCAUGGACUUGCAGGACAGUUCAGAGAUUUACGGUUGGGUUGCACGUGAAGAUGAUUAUAAUUGUCCAGGGUUGAUUGGGGAGUACCUUCGCAACAAAGGAAGGCUGAGGACAAUUUCAGAUAUAGUUCAAGAAGCAUCUCAAAGCAGAAAUAGCAUUGUGGAAAACCUGGCAAAUGAGAUUGAUAUUACUAAUGAAAAUCUCAACAAGAUGCAGUAUAGGUAUAAUGAGAAGACUAUGUCCUUGAGUAGGAUGCUGGAGGAGAAAGACAAACUUCACAGUGCUUUUGUUGAAGAGUCAAGGAGCAUGCAGCGUAAAGCUCGUGAUGAGGUACGAAGGAUAUUGGAAGAACAAGAGAAGUUGAGUAAUGAGUUGGAUGAAAAAAUGCGGAAGCUUGAUACCUGGAGCAGAGACCUUAAUAAGCGUGAGGUACUAACUGAUCAAGAGAGGCAGAAACUAGAAGAGGACAAGAAGAAGAAAGACGUAAGGAAUCAAUCACUCCAGUUGGCCUCAAAGGAGCAGAAGAUAGCUGAUGAGAAUGUCUUCAGGCUUGUUGAAGAGCAAAAGAGAGAAAAGGAGGAGGCCUUAAACAAGAUCCUUCAGUUGGAAAAGCAACUAGAUGCCAAACAAAAAUUGGAAAUGGAAAUUGAAGAACUCAGAGGGAAACUGCAAGUUAUGAAACAUCUUGGAGAUCAAGAUGAUACAGCUAUCAAGAAAAAAAUGGAAGAGAUGAAUUCGGAGUUGGAAGACAAAAUAGAAAGCUUGGAGGAUAUGGAGUCUAUGAAUUCAACCCUCAUUGUCAAGGAGCGCCAAAGCAAUGAUGAACUACAGGAAGCUCGUAAAGAAUUAAUAGAAGGGUUAAAUGAAAUGCUGACUGGUGCCAAAACUAAUAUUGGCACCAAGAGGAUGGGAGACCUUGACCAGAAGGUUUUUGUGAAUGCCUGCAAGAAAAGAUUUUCUUCUGAUGAAGCUGGGAUAAAGGCCGUUGAGCUUUGCUCUUUAUGGCAGGAAAAUGUGAAGAACUCAGCUUGGCACCCUUUUAAAGUGGUCAGUCAGAAUGAUAACCCCGUGUCAGUUAUAGAUGAGGAAGAUGAGAAACUACAAAAGCUGAAGAAGGAAUGGGGAGACGAGAUAUAUUCAGCUGUUGUAACAGCCUUAAAAGAAGUUAACGAGUACAACCCAAGUGGUGGGUAUACUGUUUGGGAGCUGUGGAACUUCAAAGAAAAUAGGAAGGCAACACUGAAAGAAGUGAUCACUUAUAUUGUGGAUCAUAUGAAGCAACUUAAGCGCAAAAGAGGAGGAUAGGCAAAAGGCUUUGCAGGGAAGAAGUACAUCAUAUCUCAAUGAGGAGGUUGAUAUUAUGACCAUUGUCGUUGGAUAGCUAUAUGAUCAGAUCAAUUAGAAAGAUAGAAGUAGGCCAUUUUCAUGGCCUUCAGUUCAGACUUCAAUUAGCUUUUUUAUCUUCUGUCGAUUGGAACACCUAUAUUCUGACUAAUUAUUUCAUUGCUAAAAUUCCCUGUUGACUUGUUUAUAAUAAAAUUGUUCCCUGUUAUCACGGUUAUCGCUA